AUGAAGACCUCAACACUCGUCGCCGCCUCUGCUGGCACAAUCAUUACCGGCCUUUUGGCUUAUGCCGUGUACUUCGACCACAAGAGACAGACUGACCCCGAAUUCCGAAAAGCCUUGAAGAAGAACAACCGACGACUGGCGCGUGCUGUUCAGGAGGAGGCGGAAGCCCAGGGAGCCAUGGAGCGUGAAAUUAUCAAGAAGGUCGUCCAGCAGGCCAAGGAUGAGGGCUUCCCGACAGAUCUUGAAGAGAAGGAGGCCUACUUCAUGGGCCAGGUCGCCAAGGGUGAGGGUCUCUGUGCUGAAGGUAUGUUUCUCCCUCUGAUGGCUGCGAUGAGGUCAUCAGAAGUCCCCAAGAUUUUGUAUCUGCGAUUCACAUACCAACCCAUAGGGUCUGCAGACAAGAUCGAAGCUGCGUUGGCCUUCUACAAGGCUCUUAAGGUUUACCCUCAACCCAAGGACCUGAUCUCCAUAUAUGACAAGACCGUCCCCAAGGAGGUCUUGGAGGUUCUGGCCGAGAUGGUGGCCAUGGAUGCUGGCCUGAAGCUCGGCUCUUUCACUAGCGAGAGCGGCAGUGUUGACGGCCAUGGUGUCGAGUAA